AUGGCUGCGCCGAAUGUCACCAACGUGGUGCUUGGCAAUCUGCACAUCAAACCGUGGUACCCUUCCUUUUAUCCAGAAGACCUCAUUGGAGGUCGCAAGGCAGAUUGGCUCUAUGUGUGCCAGUGGUGCUUCAAGUACACGCCCGAGAUUAUGAAGUAUUGUGCGCAUGGUAAAGUUUGCCCCAUGAAAACCGAGGCGCCUCCGGGAGAAGUGAUAUAUGAGCAGGACGACUACUUCAUCCAUAAGAUUGAUGGCGAGGAGUUCAAGCUAUAUGCACAAAACUUGUCUCUCUUCGCCAAACUAUUCCUCGAAACCAAGUCGGUCUUCUUUGAUGCCAGCACAUUUCUCUACUACACACUGGUCCUCAAGACCAAGGAUCAUCCUUACGGUCAAGUUGCAGGCUUCUUCAGCAAGGAGAAGAUGAGCUGGGACAACAACAACCUCGCCUGCAUCCUCGUCUUUCCACCCUGGCAGAGGCGUGGUCUUGGUCAAGUCCUCAUCGGGGCUUCGUAUGUUCUCGGCAAGCGUGAGGGCCGCUUUGGAGGUCCCGAGAGGCCAUUAUCAAACCUAGGUAGUAAGGGUUACGUUGCGUAUUGGUGCGGAGAGAUUGCUCGCUUCGUGCUUCAACAGUCGAAACAAAAGACGCUGGCCAUCAAGGAGAUUAGCGAUAAGACUUGGAUCAUGCCGGACGAUGUGGUGACUGCUUUGAGGGAAAUGGACGUUCUUGAGAAGAGAAAGACGGCGAGUGGGAGCAUUGUGAUCAACAAGGGAAGAAUUCGCCAGUGGAUGGAGCAGAAUCGAGCAAGCCUGCAUCCCGUCGUCGAUGUGGACGCCUUUGUCGAAGAGAACAUUAUUGACAGCGAGUUGAGCGAGAUGAGCGAGUGA